UUGUGUUGCUGCGCGACGGCCGCAAGCGAGAGGGGAACGACCGAGAAGAACUGAAGCGGGGACCUUUGGUUGCGUCCGAAUGUCAAGGAGAGGGAUGCGAACGGUUUCUUCGGGUUUUUUGCCGGGGGCUUGGAUUUCGGUUGCUGUACGUGCAAACGAGUGGGAGAGGUUGCAGUGAUCUACAUCCUUGGGCGGGAGCACGUAUCAGGGGAAAGUCUCAUUUGUUUCAACAAAUGGAUUGCAUCAGUUGCACAUCUUCAUAUUCUUCCUGGCAGUAUUUCAUGUUGUAUGCAGCGCUCUAACAAUGGCUCUGGGAAGAUUGAAGAUUCGCCGAUGGAAGGAGUGGGAAAAUGAAACUCGAUCCCUUAACUAUGAGUUCUCUCAUGAUCCGUCAAGAUUCAGAUUGGUCCGUGAGACAUCCUUUGUGAAAGAACACACAACUUUGUGGGACAUGCAUCCUGUUCUGCUUUAUUUUGUUUGUUUCUUCCACCAAUUUUUCAGAUCUGUUCGAAAAGCAGAUUACCUUACUCUCCGUCAUGGUUUCAUAAAUGUCCAUUUGGCUUCUGGAAGCAAAUUUAAUUUCCAAAAAUAUAUAAAAAGGUCACUGGAAGACGACUUCAAGGUAGUAGUUGUAAUCAGACCUCUUCUGUGGGCAUCUGCGGUUGUUUUUUUACUGCUUAAUGUUCACGGAUGGAAGGAACUAUUCUGGGUGUCACUACUUCCCCCAAUUAUUCUCUUGGCUAUUGGGACGAAUCUGCAGGCGAUAAUUGCGAAAAUGGCGAUAGAAAUUAAAGAAAAACAUGCUGUUGUUCAAGGAGUUCCUUUGGUUCAGCUAAGUGAUAAUCAUUUUUGGUUCAAGAAUCCUGGUCUUGUUCUUUCUUUAAUACAUUUCACAUUGUUUAUGAAUGCAUUUCAGUUGACCUAUUUCUUCUGGAUAUGGUAUGACUUCGGCUUGAGAUCUUGCUUCCACCAAAAUUUUGGGUUUAUCAUCGGACGAGUCUUUCUCGGGUAAGUUCUCUUUUAUUUUUAUUUUUAUUUUUUCCCCGAAGACACCAAUUAUCAACUACAUGUUUUCUGAUUAGAUAUGCUUAUUUUUUUAUAUCAUUUUUAUUUUUUAGAGAGAAUGGUGAUGGAGCUAUUUUAGAAAAUAGUAUUGAUAAAAUAUCAUAGGAGUAGAAUUAAAUGAACAAAAGGCUAUCUAGGGGGUUGGGGUUGUAUUCUAUUUUAUUGUAGAUUCAUUCAUUAAGAAGGUUUCUUCUCUUAAAUUGUAUGUAACAUAGAAAUUAUUUCUUUCCAUAGUAAUUGAUAAAGGGAGUGUAUAUAGG